AUGAACCGUGAAAGUAAAGUAUCGGAUGAUACCAGUAAUUAUUCAGAAAUAAAAACAUUUCCUAAUACAAAAAAUUCUGAUAGCGAGGAAUUUAGGAAGGUGCAGUCAAAUUCUUUAACAGAUUCACAUAUCUCGAGAAAUAUAAAUAAUUAUGAUAUUACAUCUGAGAGCAAUGUCACUUUAAACAAAACUAGUCAUAUAAUCGAAUUUGAUAACAAUAUCGUUUGUGAAACUCUUCAAAAUCAACAAGUAAAUGAAUCUGUAGAACAAACAAAUGAACCUGUAGAACUUUCUGCAGAGAUUAAGAUAACAACUAAUAAAUGUGACAAAACUAAUUAUAUGCUAAAAGAAAAAUUCUAUUCUACCAAUUUAAAUUUGGUCGAUUUAUCACAAGCUACUACCUCACAAGAUUCAUUUCUUUCUUGUACUAACGAAGAAAGCAUAUUGCACACAGAUCAGAAUAAAAUCAAAAGAAAUAUCUCGAAAUGUCAAGUACAAACCAAUAGCGACACAUCAAUAGAAAAAUCAGACGAUAGUUCAGAUGAAGUUUUGAGUAAGCGACAAAAAUUAAAUGAAAGUGUGUGCAAUGAAGGAAACUUAAAUGACAAUACAGUGACAUUUCAAAGAAACACAUUAAUAGCGGAGCAGCAAAAUUAUCAUUUGAUAAAUGAAUCAGCUAAGAAUGAAUCAUUGAAUACAAAUUUAGGAACAGGAUCAGAAACUGCUACUAAUUACCAAUCUAAUCCAUAUAGACAUGAAGAUAAUUGGAAUGAAUGGGAAGCUUCUAACGAGGAUGAAUGGGAGGAAGAAGAAGAAGAAGAAGAUGAAGAUGAAGAUGAAGAUGAAGAUGAAAACAAUAAAAAAAUAGUUGAUUACCAAAAGAUAAAAAAAAUAUCUCCUAAUUGGCAUAUUGUACCGGAAGUGAUAAAUCGCCAAAUAGGUAGCAAUCCAUUAUUCGAAAGACGGUUCUAUAGUUCUCUAUAUGCAGUAGAACGGUUCCAACUUAUGUAUAAACUUCAUCCAUUCGUAUCGGAUCAUGAAACAAUAGAUAUCUUAAAUUUCAAUCAUAAAGGAAAUUUAUUAAUGUGUGCCGUUUAUGAUGAGAUCUCUAUUUGGGAUUGGGCUGCAGGGAAAAAAAGUUACUUCUUUAAUAAUGAUAACGUCCCUGUAUUACACGCGAAGUGGCUGCCACUGGAAAAUUUUAUGGUUUUUUCUGAUGAAGAUGGUGGGUUAUGUUUGUUGGAUAUUGAAAACGACACAGCGAAGAAAUUGAUGAUGCAAUAUGGAAAGUUGUACAAAAUGGCUGUGCAUCCUGAAACACCUCAUGUAAUCCUUUCAGCUGGAAGUGAUUCAAAAGUGUUAUCCAUAGAUAUCCGGGAAAGCAAACCAAAAGAGUUACUUAUAGUAGAAAAAAAUUUAGUAUUAUAUAGUAUAGAUUCUAAUCCUUCAAAUAGUAAUGAAUUUUGCGUCGCUGGUCAAUCUUACUGUGUCAUAGGUUACGAUCGGCGAAAAGUUUCAAAACCGCUUUAUAAACUAUGGCCUAAUUAUGUAGAAAAUAAUAAACAUGCAUAUGUAACAUCUGCUAUGUAUAAUUAUAACGGAACAGAAAUUCUUGCUUCAUAUAAUAACAAGGAUUUAUUCCUAUUUAAUAGAUUAAUAACAUCAUUACAUGGAGAUUACGCCCAUAUGUAUCAGAAUGUGUAUAGAUCAUCGAUAUAUGAAGGUAAUUUUUUCGGACCUAAAAGCGACUAUGUUGUAUCUGGAUCCACUAAUAAUAUAUUUAUUUGGGAAAAAAAUUCGGCAUCUGUCAUACAAUAUAUGACAGGAGAUAGAGAAUCCGUAACUUGCUUGGAGGCUCAUCCGCAUAUUCCCAUUCUUGCGACAAGCGGAUAUGAUGACAACAUUAAACUGUGGGUGCCUUCGAAAGGAGAACUUUCGGUAAUGCGGUCAUUAGGGAAUCAUUUUUGUGCGGACCCACACGAAUCAAGUUCAAAUCGAGACGAAGAUGAUACUAACGACAUCUAUGUCGAUGAUGAUAAUAAUAAUUCUAGUAGCUCCACAUCGGACAACUCUAUCGAGGAUUUAUCCGAAUACGGCGACGUUGAAAGAAUACAGUGUUUUUUAUCUUAAAAUUGUUGCUUAAAUUAACGCGA